UCAGCUGCCUGUUAUAUCAAUCACGGAGUCGAGAUCUAUUUAUAGGUUGGGAGUACUGUGUCCUUAGUCACAAAGAGACACAGACAGGGGACUGUCAGCUGGUGUCAGUGUUGGAGGAGCCAAGCAAAGAGUCAUCGGCCACUGGAACACCUGAGGUGACCAUUGCAUAGCAGCCCCGUCCUCUUAGCCAGCCAGAGCAUGCUGUUGAACCGGAUGUCCUCGGAAGAUCGGCACCUGGGCUCCAGCUGCGGCUCCUUCAUCAAGACGGAGCCGUCCAGUCCAUCCUCGGGCAUUGAUGCCCUCAGCCACCACAGCCCCAGCGGUUCGUCGGACGCCAGCGGAGGAGGGUUCGGCAUGGCCCUGGGCGCCCACGCCAACGGUCUGGACUCGCCGCCCAUGUUCGCCGGAGCGGGGCUGGGAGGCACCCCGUGCCGCAAGAGCUACGAGGACUGUGCCAGUGGCAUCAUGGAGGACUCGGCCAUCAAGUGCGAGUACAUGCUCAAUGCCAUCCCCAAGCGCCUGUGCCUCGUGUGCGGGGACAUUGCCUCUGGCUACCACUACGGGGUGGCCUCCUGCGAGGCUUGCAAGGCCUUCUUCAAGAGGACCAUCCAAGGGAACAUUGAAUACAGCUGCCCAGCCACCAACGAAUGUGAGAUCACAAAACGGAGGCGCAAGUCCUGCCAGGCCUGCCGCUUCAUGAAAUGCCUCAAAGUGGGAAUGCUGAAGGAAGGUGUGCGUCUGGACCGAGUACGCGGAGGCCGUCAGAAGUACAAGCGGCGGCUGGACUCCGAGAGCAGCCCCUACCUGAGCUUACAGAUGUCCCCACCUGCUAAGAAGCCAUUGACCAAGAUUGUCUCAUAUUUACUGGUGGCGGAGCCAGACAAGCUGUACGCCAUGCCUCCCCCUGGCAUGCCCGAGGGGGACAUCAAGGCCCUUACCACUCUCUGCGACCUGGCAGACCGAGAACUUGUGGUCAUCAUUGGCUGGGCCAAGCACAUCCCAGGCUUCUCGAAUCUGUCGCUAGGGGACCAGAUGAGCCUGCUGCAGAGCGCCUGGAUGGAGAUCCUCAUCCUGGGCAUCGUGUACCGCUCGCUGCCCUAUGACGACAAGCUGGUCUACGCCGAGGACUACAUCAUGGACGAGGAGCACUCGCGCCUGGCGGGGCUGCUGGAGCUCUACCGUGCCAUCCUGCAGCUGGUGCGCAGGUACAAGCGGCUCAAGGUGGAAAAGGAGGAGUUUGUGACGCUCAAGGCCCUGGCCCUUGCCAACUCGGAUUCCAUGUACAUCGAGGACCUGGAGGCGGUGCAGAAGCUGCAGGAAAUGCUGCACGAGGCGCUGCAGGACUACGAGCUGAGCCAGCGCCACGAGGAGCCGCGGAGGACGGGCAAGCUCCUGCUGACGCUGCCCCUGCUGCGGCAGACCGCCGCCAAGGCCGUGCAGCAUUUCUACAGCGUGAAAGUGCAGGGCAAGGUGCCCAUGCACAAACUCUUCCUGGAGAUGCUGGAGGCCAAGGUGUGAUGGCCCGGCCCACAGACAGGCGCCCACACAUGGACAGACAGACAGAUCCACGCGGAGACCUCCACAGACACCAGCUUUGAUCUUUGACCCCUGUGCCGGGGCUCUGAGCAUUCCCAGAGAACAAGGGGUGUCCUGCUUCCUGACCAUGUGUGCAGACUCCUGGGGACAACGGGGUGGGGGGUGGGGACAGGGAUGGGAGGGCAGGGGCGAGGGCUCAUCUGUCACCUGCUUUUUCUUUGGUAUUUUCUCCUUCUCCGUGGGCAGUGCUUAGGCCUGGGCCAGGUCUGUCUCCUUUUAGUGCUGGAAGCCACCAGAGGUUGCAUCCCCUCCGGCACCAAACCAGCGAGUCCAUUUCCAAACCCUUCCCCACCUAGGGCUUAGGUGCGCAGCUCUCUGCACCCAGGUUCCGAGGCUCAGGUUUGGGGCCUCUGUAGGUGCUGGUCUUGCAGAGGGCAGGUCCUUGAGGUAGGAAUGUCUUCUAACAGAGGCUUUGCUUACUCACAGGUCCCUGGGGCUGCUCCUGAGGCCCCAAUGUGCAGGUCUCCUCCCUGCGCUCUUCCUCAGCCUCAGCACCCCAAGUCCAGGUCCAUGCCCGCACCAGGGAACCAGGGACACCCCAUCAACCCAUGAGAUGCUUCCUUUCUUGCCCCUACCUCAGACAGCCCAAGAGACUCCCAGUCACAGAGACAGACACUCACCCAGAGAAGAGCAGGCUCCAGGUCCAGCCAAGCGAUCUGUGGGGAGUUUAGAACCUGCCCCCAUCCUGGGGCACCUGGGGUUCUCAUCUCAUUGCAGGUCCAGAGCCCUGGGGUGAGGGCAGGGCGGGGAGAGCAAAGAGGAUGUCCAGGGGUACAUUGAACAAAGGACUUGUGAGUGUAGCUCCCUGGCAAGGGCUCUGCAGUGUGGUUGCAGUGUGGGGCAAUCUACCAUCCCACGGUUCCGCACACAAGAGAGUCUACUCCAGGAAAGGGUGCAGCCCUGGCCACGUGGGAAUAGUUUCUCACCCUGUGUCCCCCACUCCCGAACUCCCAUCAGUGCCCAUGAGCUAGCUGAGGGAAGUGUGGAAGGUCUUGGAGAUGAGGGGCUUUAGUGUGAUAGAAAAUGGACCUGCCACCUGGGUGACCCACAGACCACACCUAGCCACUGAGGGAAGGUGAGCAGAUGCCACCCAAAUGCCAGGCCUCUCUUCUAGACUCUUGAAGGAGCCGAUACUGGCCCAGCCUUCCUGGCUUGACUGCUGAGGAGCAGCAGACACUGCUCUGAGGUCCUCCAGAGAGAGGGCCGUGGGAAGUCACAGCCCCGAGUCCAGUGUGACCCCUUCCCUGGCUCUCCAUGCCACCACUGGUCCCCUUUGGUAAAGGUGUCUGGGCAUUAGGAAAGUGGAUCAAGCAAGUCAGACACCCCUUAGGGGCCCAGCCCUGAGUACUCGGCCUGGGAAACCUUGUGGGAACCUGUGAUCGGAUGCUCCCCAGCCUCACUGCUGUUUUGUGUGUCUGGGGAGACAGGCCCCCAGCAGCUGGUUCUCCGCAUGCACUGCGUAAGUGUCAAGGCCGGGCCCGCUGUCACCAGUGGGCAGGGCUGUCGUCUCCUGGGAAUGUCGUCCAGCUUGCCACUGCUUUAACACAUAGCAAGUACUCCACGCACAGCCGUCUUCUGCAACUGUAGACCAUUCUGGCAGAGAAUCCACCGGGCAUCUGGAAUGGAAGGAGAGGGCCAGCUGCUUGGUGGAAGCCUGGGCGGAUGAAAGGCCCGCAAGGUGUGGGGCCUGGUGGGGAAGCUCAGUGGGACAUCUUCAGUUUGAGCCCCUGUGGGGCAGGGCCCAUGUUCCGUCUUACGUCUUCCGUUUCUGGAAGUGGAGAGGAGAUAGAUAGCCCUUUAGUUGUGUGCUAAUGGUUCAGGUUGUUUGAAAUGCCAAGGGGGGGAAAAAACAGCCAACCAUUGAGCAGGUGCUGGCUGGGUUUUAUUUAUUUCCUUUGUACCCAUCCUUCUGAAGGUUCUAGAUGGUAUUUCAUGUCUCCCAAUUUUUGCACACAAACUGGUGACUUCCCAGGCCAUGAUUCGAGAAAUAAGAUGCUGUUGGCAGCAGGGUUAGCAAUUCCCCUGUCCUUCCCUUGAGACUCCAGUACCCCAGGCAGAUAGGUGGCAGGGGAGGGUGAUAGAAUGUGGUAAGACCGAAGAGCCCAGAGUCUAAGCCCGUGGGACAGCACCAAAGAGAAGCACUAUGUGGAGAGAUUGAUUUAUUUUCUGAUAAUGAUACUGUGGCUGGAAUGGCUUCUUGAGAUGUAUAUAUUUUUUAACCGGCAGUCCCUUGGUGUCAUCUCGCCUCCCUGUAUGUAUUUUCUUGUUCCAUGUUCUCCCAAAGCUCCCAUGUAAAUCACAUGUGCUAGGGUUCUCCCAUCCAGUCCCAUGUAUCUGGAAUCUAAUAAAUAAGGAAAGGCC